UAAAAGGAGGAACUGUCACAGAGCAUUCACUUUCUUAAAUUUCAAGUUGGGACACUUUUUUUCUACCGAACGGCUUCAUUUGAUCCCCAGAAACUUACUUUAGUACGAUGUUUGUCUGCGUUUUUCUCUUGGCUGUUCUGCAUGUCCACCAUGUGUCCAGCUGUGAUUACAACUGUACAGAUAAACCUGUGUUCACUCCAUCCAGUCUGGUAGUGAAGUAUGGAGACCCGACCUCUGCUACAUGUGUUGCUUGUAAUAAAUCCUGCCAGUACACUGGUUUGGUAAAACCUCAGGGAGUGGUAACAAAAAAUGGAACUACGUUGGUGUGGACCGUUGACAGAAUAACUGAAUGGGACUUAACUCCGACGUGUUUUUACAACACUGAUGAUGACAAACAGUGUUGUACUGACCUGAAUGUAACUGUCUACCAGCCUCCAGAACAUGUGUCCAUCAGCUUUGUCCAUCACACUGGGCCGAUGGUUGAGGGUCAUCAGUACCAGCUGCAGUGUACCGUGGAGAACGUAGCUCCUGUUAAACACCUUGUUGUGACCUUCUACAGAGGAGAGACAGUCCUGGAUCAACCUCAGUCUAAAAGUAGUGAACCCUAUAAACCAGUGACUGAAACCUUCACUCUGAACAUCAACGCUAGUAAAGAAGAUAAUGGAGCUCAGUUCUGGUGUGAAGCCAAACUAGAACUGGGACCUGAAGGACCACAACCCCCUCCAGUGGUGAAAUCAGAAAACAUCGCUGCUACUGUCAACUAUACGGAGCCAACCUCAGCAGCAACGACUAUGAUGACAUCUACCAACAGCCUAACAUCACUUUACAGAUCCACAGUGUGUUUUAUGCUUCUGUUCUCUGCUAUUUUUUAACAAUAUGACUGCACAGUUCAUUUUCCGCUUCAGCUCAAUGAUGUCAGUCUAAUUAGUCUCCUAAGCUCACCUGGAAACCUCAAGUUAUGAAUAAUGUGAAUCCUCUGUAAUACCACUAGAUAACAUCAGCUUGUUGGUGGACGUAGCUUUCAUGUUUGUGCAUAUGCUGAAUAUUUUGCAAUAACCGAUGAGUUAGAGUGUCUUUAUUUUCUAGAUAACAGCAAUCUAUCUGUCUGGUGAUGUCAACUGUAUAGUGUUGACUGUUUUUUCAUGUAGCAUCUUAGCAUGCUAAUAUGUAUGUCAGAUAUUGGACAAACACAUGCCAUCUGUGCAGGUUUUACCAAACUGGUAGUUACAUUUACAUGAUAAAAACAACUUUUAACAAUGUAUUGUACCAAGUUAAAGAAAAAAAAAAGAACCAAAAAAGGUAA